GAAUCGGUUCACAUGGGCGACUAGUGAUCCAGUACCAAAUAACCAAUAUAGUAAAGUAGUGGAGUACAUAUAUGGUAGCUGUGAAAAAAUAAAAUAAAAUAAAAUAAAAUAAUUAGGUAGAAAUUUUGAAAAUUCAAUAAAAAACAAAAACAAAUAAGAGAUAGACGAGUCCUAAACAGCCACGUUGCAUUAGUUUUGUUGUUUUAUAGAACUGCUCCACCAUUUCCUCAGUCUCUCAGCUCAAUCACUUGCUAUUUACCUCUCAAAAGAAGCCUAUUUUCUUCCCUUUUCCUCUGUUUAAUCACUUGGGGUUUUCCAUUUGAAUCUUGAAAGUCUGAAUUCUGGUUUUUGUUUUUUGAUCUCAACCCUUUUUUCUUUGAUUGAUUUUGGAAAGAUCCUACUGUUUAGAAACAAUUCAUGGCCUUCGAUAGGUAUUAUUCAAAUGAGUGGAAAUCGAUCCCUACUCCAGAAUCAUCAGACCCGGAGAAGACUUCUGCCUGCUUUGAUUGCAACAUCUGCCUGGACUUUGCCCGUGAUCCGGUUGUUACACUUUGUGGUCAUCUCUAUUGUUGGCCUUGCAUUUACAAGUGGUUUCACUUCCAGAGUGGCUCUCUGUCUUCGGAUGUACGUCCUCAAUGCCCAGUUUGCAAGGCUGAAAUCUCCCAAACAGAUUUAGUCCCUCUCUACGGGCGUGGGGAAACACUGCCUGAAUCUGAGCCUGAAAACAAGCUCACUGUAAAAGUGCCUCCUAGGCCACCUGCUUUCAGUCCCUUAAACUUGUCAAAUUCCUUUAAUCCUACUCAACGACGUCCACACCCUACUGCCUAUGAUCCGUAUUCCAGUUAUCUCAACAGUUCAUCGCCGCAUUCACUCAAUCUUGGAAGCAAUACAGCCGUUGGUGUCUUUCAUCCAGUUGCUGGAAUGAUCGGAGAGAUGGUCUACGCCAGGGUAUUUGGGAACUCAGAGAGUUUAUACACAUAUCCUAACUCUUAUCAUCUAGUGGCAAAUAGUAGCCCGAGAUUGAGAAGGCGGGAAAUGCAGGCGGACAAGUCUCUGAACAGAAUUACCCUUUUCCUCUUCUGCUGUUUUUUUCUUUGCCUGUUGUUAUUCUAGUCUCAUUAAUUGUCCUCCCCCAUUUCAUCUUGUACAAAACUGAUGUUGAUGAGCAUCAAGUCGUUAAAAAUCAUAUCUGUGAGAUGAUAAUAAGCAAAAUUUUGGAACUGUGUACAUUCUUGA